AUGCCUAGAGAUGAUCUGUCCAUUGACUUUGUUAAAAAGAUGCCUCAAAUCGAACCCCUCGAUCCCGGCCUGAUCCUCGACGACUGGAUUAAUCGCGUUCAGAACCUACCUGAGGAGAUACGGUUCAUGCAGGAUGAAAUUGCCGACAAAGACCGCCAAUACAAUGAAUGCAUUCGCUUGAUCGAGGAUCGCGACGGCAAGAUACAGAAGUGGAUUAAAUCCAACGGAAGCCACGAGACGAACCCUAAAGAAAAUAAUUUACGCGCUCAAAUUCGUGACAACUACGCUCGCGCUGAUCAGCUCUCCCAGGACAAGAUAAUCCUAGUCCAGAGGCUACAAGUCAACCUGGACAAACAUCUGCGCAGCCUCGAUGUUCAAAUCAAGUUACUAUACGACCGCGCGGAGCCUGGCUUCACAGAUCCGGACGAAGUGCCCUCGCUCCUUCGCGCCAGCACAGCCAACCUCUCUAACCCAGCCAUCCGUUCCGUGAAUCCUUCGACAGAUAUCGCUCCCGCUGGACCUACACACUUGCCACUGACCCCAAUCCAGACCUCCAACCCAGCUACAACACGCUUGCCAACUCACCCGGGAAUCCGACAGGCCCAGGCUCAGCAAAAUUUCCCCCAGCACGCGGCAUCUGCCCCCGCUACACCAGCCACUAAUACCAUAAAUCGACAACACCGAGAGAGUUCGGCCGGUCCAGCAACGAAGCGUGGGCUUCGGGUCAACACCACCCUCGGGAAUGUUCCUACUGCCUCAAGUGGUUUGGCAAGGCACUCGUCGCUUGGUCCAAACACCCCCAAGAGUGGGUCUGCUCCUGCGGCAAACAGCACCACCCGAGCAGGUAGUGCUGGGCCGCGCGCUGCAUCUGUCAAGACUGCAUCUGCUGUUGGGAGCCGACGGGGGACGCCUAUCACAACGGGGCGUAAGAAGCCCCCAAACAAGUCUUCGUUGUCGCGCGUGAAGAAGGCGUCGAAUAGAAACUCCCCGGCGUCGACGGCAGAUAGUGAUUUGUCCGAGGCAGAGAGUAUUGGUGCCGAAUAUGAGGAUGGCGCCAUCGAUGGCCGAUCUCGGGACACGCCGAUUGCGGAGGGUAAGGACGCAGAUGGUGAUGAGGCUAUUAAGGAUGCUGAAGACGAGGACGAGGAGGCUGGCGACGACAAGAAGUAUUGUCUUUGCCAUCAUGUGAGCUAUGGCAACAUGGUGGCAUGUGACAACGACAAUUGCCCCUAUGAGUGGUUUCAUUGGUCGUGUGUUGGGCUUAAGAACGAACCCAACGGAACAUGGUAUUGUCCUGUCUGCGCAGAGAAGUUCCAGAAGAAGAGCAAGUAA